AUUGAUAUUUGAAAUCACAAACGUUUCACCGCGCGCGCGCAAACAAGGAGCUAUCUAUAGCUUCUACCUCAUCAACGCUUUCAUUUCUAUAAUAUCACAACAACUCAGAAAACCUCUCUUCACACAAUUUCAAACAAUUCGCAAUGUCUUCUACCAAAGCAGGAGUCAGGAAACGAGAAUCCAAUCUCGAACGCAUCAAACCUGAUAAGAAGAAACAGAAUUUCAAUCUCGACUUCGAUUUCGAUCUCUCCGAUGACCUCAAAGGAAUCGUGUCAGCGCUGCAUCUGAUAAGAGAUAAGGCACAGAAGGACGGUCAGAAGAAGAACGAAGAAACUAUUUCAAGUGUUGCCUCUGAAAUCAAGUCUACUAUCGAGGGAUUGAGGACUAAAUUUGAGAAGGAAAGGCAAACUUUUGCUAAGGCGCUUUCAAAGAGUUCCAAAGAGUUUGAAAGCUCUUUGAAGAAUGAAACUAAUAAGUUUCAAGCACUUCAUGAGAAUUUUUACAAAGAGAAAGCCACUUCUCUUCAGGCCUUGCAAGAUAUUAUCUCCAAAUUUGAAGAGGAAAAGGAAAAGCUAUUUCUGAAAUAUGAACAAUUGAGGAAGAAGGAAAAAACUAUGAUAUCUGAACAAGAGAAAGCUUGCAAUGACAAAAUUACACAACUUGAAGGGUCAUUGAAAAAGAAGAAGAAGGAUGAUAAAACUUUCAGCAUUUUGAGGAAAACUCUUGGUUCAUUCUUGGAGAGUACUUCGGAUGAGGAUUUCCCACCUGAUGAUUGAAGAUGCAAUACACAGAGAUCUUAUGAUUCAGUUACAAUUACCGAUUCUAAUCAUUUCACUGGAAACUAUUAUCGUAGAUAAAUUGCAACUCUCUUUGCAUAGUUCCACUUAUAUUUUAAUCCUUUAUUACAACCAACUUACAAAAAAUAUACAACACAAAUUCUGUACUAUGUUGUUAUUAUUAAGAUAUGCAUUUAUACUGUUUUAAGGCUUU